AUGGCAGUGUGUGAGAGGUUUGGGAAGGGAGAUCCAGAGGAGGCCAUAGAGGAAUUCAACAAGCUGAUGAAGACGGGAAGUGUCACUGAGUACCUAGAGAAGUUUGAACAACUGAAAUCUAUGGUAAUGUUAUCUCUUCCUGAUCAACCUGAUUCCUAUUACAAAUCAUACUUUUUUAGUGGCUUAAAAAAGGAAAUAGUAAGUAUGGUUAGGAUGACCAGACCCCUCACCUUAGCAGACACCAUUGAAGCUGCUAAAUUACAGGAAAGGAACUUGGAAGCCAUUAGGAAAACACAAGGGAAGAUGAUGCACAAAUACACACCCUCACCUGGUACCCCACUUGUUAACAAACAGAAUUUCACCCCACAUACCAAAAUGAAGUGGCCUAACUUCCAAUAUAAGAAGCUAGAGCCUGUUUCCAAUCGAAAUACCAAAACAGGAACUCAUGCAGUAGACCAAUUUAGAAAAAUCACUCCCUCUGAACUGAGUUACAGGAGAGAAAAGGGGUUGUAUUUCAAGUGUGCUGAGCCAUAUACACUGGGACAUGUCUGCAAACAAGCUCACCUGAAUUACAUACUGAUAGAUGAUCCCUGGGGGGUAGGGGAGAACUCAGAUGAACCAGGGAAGGAUACAGAAGAAUUCUGUGAUUGUCCAGAAGGGGAAUUAAGUAAUGAAAAUAUAGAACUAUCCAUCCAUGCUCUGGCAGGGGGGACUGAACAUAAGACCCUUAAGCUAAGAGGGAAGAUAGCAGGGAGGGAGAUCAUAAUUCUGGUAGAUAGUGGGAGCACUCAUUGUUUUAUUGAUGAAAGGUUAGCAAAGAUCAUUCAACUACCAGCUAUUGGAAAUCCAUUGACAGUCAGGGUUGCCAAUGGUGAGCAGUUGAAGUCUAGGCAACUGCAAGGACCCUUACAGUGGGAAAUGCAGGGAAACAAGUUCACACAUCAAUUCAAUACCUUGAAGCUGGGAAGCUACCACAUGGUUUUGGGAGUAGACUGGCUAGCCAGGUAUAGCCCUAUUGAGUUUGAUUUCAGGCAACUCUCCAUGAGGUUCCUACAAGGGAGUCAACUAGUGGAGCUGAAGAGGGAAGUCAGUGAGCUUAAACUCAAGGCCAUCAAAGGAAGUAAACUAGCAAAAUGGAGGAGAAAGCAGGCGUAUGGGAUAACUGCCCAGCUGUAUGUGAUGGAAGAAGGAAAAAAGGACACUGAAGUAAUACCGGCAGAGAUGAAGGAAUUGCUGGACAGGUUUGAUGAAGUGUUUGUUGAGCCCCAAGGCAUGCCUCCAAGGAGGAGCCACGACCACAGCAUUCCAUUGAAAGAAGGAGCUACCCCAUUCCAAGUCAGACCAUACACGUGCCCCUAUGUACAAAAAUCAAAAAUAGAGAGGUUGGUGAGAGAAAUACUGCAGAUGGGAAUCAUUCAGCCUAGUAACAGCCAUUUUGCAUCUCCAGUGUUACUAGUCAAGAAGAAGGAUGGAAGUUGGAGGUCUUGUGUGGACUACAGGCAACUUAAUGAACUCACCUUGAAGGACAAAUUUCCUAUGCCACUAAUAGAUGAGCUUCUUGAUGAAUUACAUGGCUCAAAAUACUUCACCAAGAUUGACUUGAUGUGA